GAUGAAUUGGAUGAUUAUGUGAUGGAUAGAAUGAUUGGAUUUGGCGGAUUUUCCACGGUCCGUCGAGGAUUUUGCAUCUCUGAUGGUCAUCAUGUUGCUAUCAAAAUCAUCAAGUUUGAUGCUGCUGCUGCUUCCGCCGAGGAAGACGGCGCUUUACCGUUGUUGCUGGAAAGAGAGUUGUCUAUUUGGAAAUCUCUUUGCCAUCCGAAUAUCGUUUGCUUACAAAAGAUAUUGGAAACCGACCAUGCGCUUUAUUUGAUCUGCGAUUAUUGUUCGGGAGGCAGUUUAUUGAGCAAAGUGAAAGAAGCGCAUUCUCAUGGCGGCGGAGGCGGCGGAUGGAGUGAGCUGGAGGCGCGUGGUAUCUUUAGAGACGUUUGUCAAGCCGUCUCUUAUUUGCAUGAAGAAGCCAAGGUUUGCCAUAAAGAUUUGAAAUUGGAAAACAUCUUGUUGGAUGAUCAAGCCCAUUGCGCCAAAGUAUGUGAUUUCGGACUCGCCUUACCUUUCGGCUGUGCCAGUAGUAGUAGUAGUAGUAGUGCAGAAGGUCGACCCGGUGGCUCUUUGGCUUACAUGUCACCCGAACAGUUGACAACGUCCUCCACGACCCCCACAAUGACUUCUCCGUCUUCUGACAUUUGGUCUCUGGGAGUGAUACUCUAUGCGAUGGUGACAGGAAAACUACCCUUUUGGGACGAAUACGAGUUACGUUUGCAGCAGAAAAUCUUGAUCGGACAGUAUCCUGAGCCAAACAAUGCGUCAAGCGAUGUGCAAACAUUGAUCCGUGGUUGUUUAAAUAGGGAUCCACAGAAACGAUGGACGAUCAAACAAGUCUUGGCGUCCUCUUGGCUGAAA